AUGCAGGUGGUUCGCAUCCGCCAAAAUGAUCUGGUCAGUGGUCCACACGCCACGUUUUUGAGUUCUGUUGAUAAUAGCCUGCCCUGUGAGCACGUGGCUGCAGCGGCCGUUUAUCCCGUAAAUAGGUACAUCAACAAAAGUCUUUGCGCUAGACGUCAGCCUGAACUGGCCAACCGUGGCGCAAGAGUUUUCGCCGUUCUUGGCCAAAAACAACUUGAAUUCCGCGCGUUUGUCUUCAUUGAUUUUCCCCGUAACCUUGACUUCGAUACGGAUGAUCCUUCCCGGGUACAUGAAGUCCGGGUUGCCGAGGUUGAGCACCGUGAACUCGUGGGACGCCUUGGUCACGUAGUGAGCGCCAUUCAUGACGUUGUUACGCAGGAAGUCGAACUUCCUGGGUGCCCUGCUCUUAAGCUUAUUAGGGUUGAGGACGAAAUCGGCAAUGCACGUGGCGAAAUCUUCCGACGGGUUUUUCUUGUGGCCGUAUGCGUUCACGAACUCCGUCUGCUGCCUGGUUGA